AUGAGGCCUUCCAUGUCCCUCGUCAGAUCCGUACAACGAGUCACUCGCCGGAGCUACUCGUCCGAGGCCGUGCCGGAGCGGAAAGUGGCCGUUCUCGGCGCCGCCGGCGGCAUCGGGCAACCUUUAUCGCUCCUUAUGAAGCUCAACCCUCUUGUCUCCCACCUCUCUCUCUACGAUAUCGCCGGAACCCCCGGCGUCGCCGCUGACGUCAGCCACAUCAACACCAGAUCUGAGGUCAAGGGUUACGCCGGUGAAGAUCAGCUUGCUCAAGCCCUGGAGGGAGCCGACGUCGUAAUCAUACCCGCCGGUGUGCCCCGAAAGCCCGGCAUGACCCGAGACGAUCUCUUCAACAUUAAUGCCGGUAUCGUCAAGGGUCUCACUGCCGCCAUCGCCAAGUACUGCCCCAAUGCACUGAUUAACAUGAUUAGCAACCCAGUCAACUCUACGGUCCCGAUUGCGGCCGAGGUGUUGAAGAAAGCCGGGAAAUACGACGAGAAGAGGUUGUUUGGUGUCACUACUCUUGAUGUGGUCAGGGCAAAGACUUUCUAUGCUGGCAAAGCCAAUGUUAAUGUUGCUGAGGUUAAUGUACCAGUCGUUGGUGGACAUGCUGGCAUCACCAUUCUCCCACUAUUUUCUCAGGCUACCCCAACAGCAAAUUUGCCUCAUGAUGUUAUCAAGGCUUUGACAAAGAGAACACAAGAUGGAGGAACGGAAGUUGUGGAAGCUAAGGCUGGAAAGGGAUCUGCAACAUUGUCAAUGGCCUAUGCUGGAGCUCUUUUUGCUGAUGCUUGUCUGAAGGGACUUAAUGGGGUCCCUGAUGUUGUGGAAUGUUCAUUCGUGCAAUCAAGCGUUACUGAACUUCCUUUCUUUGCUUCUAAGGUGAGGCUUGGAAGGAAUGGUGUGGAGGAAGUUUUGGGGUUGGGUAAUCUCUCGGACUUUGAAAAGGAAGGAUUGGAAAGCCUAAAGCCUGAGCUCAAAGCAUCUAUUGAGAAGGGUAUCAAGUUUGCCAACCAGAAUUAG